AUGGUACUCCUCCGGGAUAAAGAAAUAGAAGAUCUGUUUGAUAACUCUGAAAUAGAAGAUAUCGUACCGUCGGACGAAGAUGUCGGUGACCCAGAGUUUCAAUUUCCUACUGCAAGUUCGAUUGAAUGUGAUAAUAAAGUCACCGAAAGUAGUAGUUCAGAAGCUGAAAGUAAUAUUUCAAGUGAAGAACGUUUAGUACGUGGAAGAGGCCAUGCAACCAGGCGAGGAAGGGGACGCAGAACAGGAGUUGGAAGAGGACUUAGAACAGGGGUCGGAAGAGGACGCGGAACAGGGAUCGGAAGAGGACGUGGGACAGGACGUGGUACAAGAAAUAGAGGAAAUAGGCGUAGUCGCGGACUUGGAACAAGAAGAGGUCAGGAAAAUGAGGAUGAAGAAAGCGGUGUUAAUGAAGACUGUCCUAAUAGCGGAACAUGGAGUGUGAAAGAGUUUGACCCUCGUUUCCCCCAAAUGAUUCAGCCUGCUUAUCUGGUUAAAGACACGGAAGGGUUUACCAAAACUGAUUACUUGAAGCAGUACAUAGAUGAUGAGCUCAUUCAUCUCAUACAGAGAAAGUCUAAUCAGACUGCCAUCGAAAAAAUCAGGACGUAG